UUCUAAAUAGGUGAUACGAUUUUUUGAAAUCCUUUGGAGGUUCCCAUGCUCCUUUGGAGAUUUCUGGGCUGUAUCUAGUUGGCGCGAUCUGUAAAGAGCCCAAAUCUACCUAAUGGAUUACAGCUCAAUGGAGUGUUGAAGGAUUGACAUAUUUUUGUAGACCAACCUUGUUUCAACACUCAAAGUUUGGUCUUUACUUUUAAAGAAUUAGCUAAAGAAGAGGAUGGAAAACAUCAAUAAACCAACAGAGAACAAAGCUGAAAACAAAUUGUCCUGAGACGUCGAGCUACGCUGUAUGUGGUGAACCUCCUGAUUCCCAGCAGCUUCCUGCUUUCUGUGGAUCUCUUCAGCUUCCUGCUGCCACCUCAAAGUGUGGACCGUGCUUCCUUCAAAAUGACCCUCAUCUUGGGUUACACUGUCUUCUUGCUGCUAAUGAACGACCUGCUGCCUGUCACAGGAAACAACUUACCACUCAUAAAUGUGUUUUUCUCACUCUGUUUGGCCUUGAUGGUAGCAAGUCUCCUUGAGACUAUCCUCAUCACCAAUAUCCUGUAUGGUUCCCGUGACUUGCCUCCCUUACCCAAGUGGCUCAGGAUUCUGGUCCUGAAAUAUCUUGCUCGACUUGCUUGUAUGAAGAAAUCUUGUGAUAAACACCUUGAAGCAAACACAUCUGAGAGCACUUUCUACAAAAACACCAUGACUGAUAAUGCCAUGACUGAUAUUCCAAACAAAGAACUAGUUGGUGCAAGUCCAGUGAGAGUCUGGGAACAUUGCCUUGAUGAAAUGAAGAAGAUGAGUACGGAUUUAUUGGCCAUCCGUCACCAAGUUGAAGAGCACUUCAGUAAUGAAAACAGAACAGAUGAUUGGUUCAUGUUUGGUCAGGUCGUUGACCGUGUGCUCUUUAUAAUGUAUAGUCUCUUUAUUGUUGUGAGUUUAAGCACAAUUAUGGUUCUGUGGCUAUACUCAUACAGUCUAGACAAAAGGUCAUGAUUUAUUAUUGCCUGCUCUGUAAACUGAUGACACCAAAACUCUGAUGAUGUUAUGAUUUAUUUCUGAUGUAAUGAAGUGGAUCUUCAACAAAAUAGUCUAGCUUUAUACUCUUUAUUGGGGCUUUAAAGGGGUAGUUCACCAAAAAUUUAAUUUCUGUCAUUUACUCACCCUCAAGUUGUUUCAAACACAAAAGAAAAUAAUUUGAAGAAUGUUGGUAACCAAACAGUAGCAAAAAAUAAAUAAAUAAAUAAAUAAGUCUACUGGCAGCUCAGAGUACACGAUGACAGAAUUUUUAUUUUUGGGUGAACUAACCCUCUCAGUGUCCCAGUAUUUAAAAUUCCAUAGACAAGCUC